UCAACUCGCUGACAUAUGUUCAAAGAGGCGGCUCGUGAAUAUAAGUCGCGACAUCUGAUUGGCCGGAGCGGCCGCGAGACAAGACGGGAAAGGCUUGGGGGGGGGGGGGCUCAUUAUCAUAAUUUAUUUUCUCCUACCGUGGACAGCGCCCCCAGGGAGACACGUGGACGCACGAGGCUGAAUUGCAGAGAGAGAGAGAGGCGGCAUUGGUGGAGGGAAGCAUCGCCAACAGCUUAUAGCGGCAGCAGGCUGGAACAUCAUACACCUGCCCCACCACCACAAGGCAAACAGGGGCGAGAAGCAGCAGUCCUCGCCGCCGUCUCUGGCUUCUCUGCCUUCUCAUCCUCCUCCUCCUCCUCGCCUAUGUUGACAGAGCUGCUCGUGGUCGUGUGUAACCGCUGUGUGUGUGUGUUUGGUGCGCGUGUAUUUACUCUCCACGGCUGGCCAAGACAAAAGGGGGACGAGAAAAGUCGCCGCUCUGAUUUUUCGCCUGCGCUGGAAGAAGCGCCCAUUCCUUCCCAGCACGUGUUGACUCUUGUUACCGAGAACAAUAGCGAGAACAAUAGCGACAACAAUUGCGAGAACAAUAGCAAGCGCGCUUAUUGUUGCUAGUGUUAUUUUUUCCCCCUCCCUCCUUUAUAUAUGAGAAAGUCUAGUAGCUUUCAGAUAUGAUUUUGUAAAAAAAAUGAUGGUAAUAGUCUUAAACAAGUCGUAACACUGUGUAGCAGUUGAGCAUUCGGUGAUAGUUUAAAUGUAAUCGUCACGACUUCUAGUUUCCGUGAAGAAUCUGAGUGCGUUUCUAUGCUGUAGUGGCAUUCUGCUAAUUGUGUCGGUGUGUAACCACCGCAUAGCCAGCGUGAGCUUGUGUUUGUCGAUCAUAGCGUAGAUCCUUGCGUAGCCUCCUCGGCAGGUAGGGUUAGGCGUGUGCAUAUACACGUCUAGCCCAAUCUGUGUCCCUGUAUAGAUUCUCACACACACAAGGCUACGGCGUCGUGUCGCCGCCUAUCAGUCUACGCAAGCGAUGGAUGUGCUGGCCAGCCACAGCAUCUUUCACGAACUGCAGCUGGUACACGACACGGGUUAUUUCUCUGCUCUGCCGUCUCUCGAAGAAAACUGGCAGCAGACGUGCUUGGAGAUGGAGCGGUACCUGCAGACGGAGCCGAGCGGCCAAACCGCCGAGGCUGGCACGGACGGGCCGGACGAGGGCCUGUGGGAUGAGCUCGUCCUGCAGGCGAAGGCCGCUGGCUCUGCCCGGCCAACGCCACCGCCGCAGCCGUCGCAGCAGCAGCAGCCGCAGCAGCUGCAGCUGCAGGCCGGCGACGCCGCACCGCCUCCGGGCGUCGCGGCCGCGGUCAAGCAGGAGCCGGCGGCGGACGGGGCCACGGAGCUGGCGGCCUCUCUUGGCGCCGCCACCGAGUCCGUGCAGCAGGUGCUGAGGAGCCUGGCCGGGCACGAGGCCGUGACGGCGCUCACGCCGCCCUCCUCGCCCGAGCUCGCCAAGAAGCAGCACGCGCUGGCCGCCGCGGCCGCCGCGUCGGCCGCCGUGAGGGCCGCCCUGCGGUUGGGCCGCAGCCUGAGUUCGCCCGUGGGCCGUGGCGGCGGCGGCGGCGGCCACCACCAUCACCACCACCACCAUCACCACCACCACAGCGGCCAUCAACGCCAAAGCGACGGUGACAAUCGGCAGCAGAGGCUGGCGGCCCUGCCGCUGGCGCGCAGCGCGGACUCGUCGCCGGACGGCCGCCGGCGGGUUCACCACUGCCACUUCAACGGCUGCCGCAAGGUUUACACGAAGAGCUCCCACCUCAAGGCUCACCAGCGCACGCACACGGGAGAGAAGCCGUACAAGUGCUCGUGGGUCGGCUGCGAGUGGCGGUUCGCGCGCAGCGACGAGCUCACGCGACACUAUCGCAAACACACGGGCGCCAAGCCCUUCAAGUGCAACCACUGCGACAGACGCGGGGCAGUGACCUCACCUCCACUUGACCCCUGCGACACGGGCUCAUGGAAUACGGGGAAGAUGUUAAAGCACAUUUUAAACGCUCGGAGGAGUAAUGAUUCGGUGUUUCUCAAGAUCGGACCACCUGGCGCUGCAUAUGAAGAGGCACCUUUGACCUUUUGAAGCUCUGAACCAGCGGUGGAAAUUCCACGUUCUCAAGGCGGAGGGGGGCGAGUUUGCCCACUGGACGACCACUGUUGACUUCGCCACGAAGUUUGCUUUCAAUUUUACCGACCACCAGAGGAAUGAUGGUAUGAGUCAAUGCCCAACCCACGGUUUCAACUCGUGACCUUUCCAAUUUCGUGGCUUACCGCUCUGUCGCUGUGAGCCGCUGAGCCACUCAGCCGGUCUCUCUCUCUUGGCGGCUCUCCUCGUGCCUCUGUGUGUGUCGCCAACUCACUCUCUCAAAUGUCUCGUAACGCCGCGUUUACCGGCGGUCAAAUAAAAGGCAGGCAACCAAAAUGUAUUUAAGAGACGAGACAAAAUAAACAAUGGAAGGCCCGUUGCCAACAACAACAGUAACAAAAUGCGAGGCGGAAUGACAAAUGUUCUUGUCAUUAUCUAUCAUAUUUCACUUGGUCAGCAAAAAUGAGGAGUAGCGAGCCGGGGAGAAGGAGCACGCUCUGUUCUCAUUGUGUGUGGGAGGCACGGGCAGAAUUCCUUUCUGCCGCGCGUUUGGCUUACGUCUGUUUGCUUAUCUCUUUAAAAUGACGAGGUGGAGCGGUUUUUCUGACAGUGCCUCCCUCCCCUCCUCAUCCCCCGUCCCCAACUCCCAACCGGGUUUUGUGUGCGCACAAAGGGAUUGCACUUGAGAUGUCUACGAAUCUAAUUGACUCAAGAAAACCAUCAGCUGGAAUUUGCCCUUUCGAAUUCCUGGAAGGCGAUGGUAGUUGGUGUCUGACUUAUUUUUUACGCCACAAAAUAGGAAGAGGAGAAGAAUUAGAAGGAAAGAAAGUAAAGCUUUGAAAAAAACAAUAAUAAACAGAAGGGAAUUAAUGUGAUUUUGCUGAGAGGGCCAAAGUAUGGUUUGGUUAAUCUUCAUCAGGGCUGGUGAAAGGUCCCGCACAGUUAAACACCUUUGUGUUUUCGGGGGAGAUUUUGGAAAGACUGUUCCAGAAUCGCUCUCACUAAAACGGUAAGGGCUCCCAAUCACGAGAUUACAAGUUGAACUCUUGCCUGGGGCCAACUGCUUCAUUUACAGCAGUGCUCUCUAUUAGUUACUGAGGAGAGCCUCGAUGAGCGUCAAGGCUCUCUGGAGAGGCCUGCGUUGGGAUGUGCGAGGAAAGCCGAGUACCUGGGUAAUGCCCCACGCAUGCAAAGGGUUAAAAUAUUACGAAAAGAUAGAUUCAGGAAUCCAUUGCUUUGGGGAAGAGGUGACUCGGGCAUCAGAGUGCAGCCACUUGUGGUUACGCCACUUGUGAUUCAGGCACUUGUGGUUCAGGAACUUGGGUUAAGCCACUUGUGGUUAAGCCACUUGUGAUUCAGGCACUUGUGGUUCAGGCACUUGUGGCUCAGACACUUGUGGUUAAGCGACUUGUGGUUAAACCACUUGUGGUUCAGGCACUUGUGAUUCAAGCACUUGUGGCUCAGACACUUGUGGUUAAGCCACUUGUAGUUCAGGCACUUGUGGUUCAGGCACUUAUGGUUCAGGCACUUGUGGUUAAGCCACUUGUGGUUAAGCCAUUUGUGAUUCAGGCACUUGUGGUUCAGGAACUUGUGGCUCAGACACUUGUGGUUAAGCGACUUGUGGUUAAACCACUUGUGGUUCAGGCACUUGUGAUUCAGGCACUUGUGGCUCAGACACUUGUGGUUAAGCCACUUGUAGUUCAGGCACUUGUGGUUCAGGCACUUAUGGUUCAGGCACUUGUGGUUAAGCCACUUGUGGUUAAGCCAUUUGUGAUUCAGGCACUUGUGGUUCAGGCACUUGUGACUCAGACACUUGUGGUUAAGCCACUUGUGGUUCAGGCACUUGUGGUUCAGGCACUUGUGGUUAAGCCACUUGUGGCUCAGACACUUGUGGCUCAGACACUUAUGUUGUUAAGUUUAGCGAGUUCAUGGUCUCAGCCUCUUCAUCAAUUAUUGGAAGGAAAAAACCACCCCACCAUAUUAUACAACUUAGUAUUGCACUUAAUAUGGCAGGAUUUUCUGCCUCGUUUUGAAAAAAAAUCGGUUCGCUUUUCAUGCGACAAACAAUCUCAAAGCUGCGUGUGUGGAAAAGUGCGCACCCUACCGUGUGAACGAUUAAAGGCCACUUGAUAGGUUUUUUUGGGGGAGUGGUGGGGGGAGGAGGAGUAGUUCUGUUAAAAAUAUAUUCCGCAUUUGUUCCCUACCACGCGGACAGGCGCACUGCUCUUGGAGACUUCCAAAUGGAUUUUACAUCUCAUGACACAAUACGGCUCGCGCGGAUGGAAUAAAUCGGGAGACCAAAUUAAAUGACAAAACGGGGAGUGUACAGGGGACCCUUUGCACGCCUUGUUAUAUCUCAUAGUGGCCCAGGUAGUGCUUUCAUCGGCCACGCUGCUCGGGGGAGCAUUUGCAACUGCGGGCCGGAUUUAGCAUCGGUGUUGCAGCAUCGCAUAAGACGGGGACACUGGAAUUGUGGGCUUCGUGUCCCCUCGAAGCCGUGCCCAGCAGUUGUGGUCUCGCGAUGAGCGGACGUCCAAAUAAUUAUAUUGCUUGGGCUGCUACACAAAUGUGCAGGAUUGGUGUUUGUCUUUCCCCAAUACGUGUCUCGAUACAGUGCGUUCGUUUUGCAUGGCACUAACAGGGCCCCCGUCGUUUCGAGGGAGUGCUCUCACCAACAACAGCAGCAAAAGCGAUCACAACACUUUGGUGACCGUAACUACACCAUCACUUUUAAUAACCCCCACUCUUUAUUUCAACCACUCUCAUCUUAUGUGCAAUUGCAUAAGUAUUGUAAAGCGCUGUAUAAAUCUAUAUAAGAUCAAGACUGCCCAAGAGAGGAGAACGUAUACAGCAGCUGACGUUUCAAGCAUUGACCCUUCCAUCGCCGAGAGCGGAGCCAUUGCCCAAGACACCACCUAAUUGAUGACUCUUCCUCUUGUACGGUGGUGCAAUUGAAAAAAAUGUUGAGCUUUUUGCUCGUUGUGUUUGUGCGUCACUGUCAACACAGCAGCACGAUGUUACGUGUAAACCUCAGCAAUAGCAUCUGCGAAACCAGCGGCAUCUGUUCAACACGCCUGAAACUGCCAGAAGGCUACAGAACCGGUCUUUUGUUUGUUGAAACAAAUGCCUGUAGUCUUCUGCAAACCCUAGCAGGCGAAAAAAAGCCCGACAAAAACUGAAAUAUAUUUUCGUCGAUAAUGACAUCUCGCCAUUGUGAGAGGUUGCAACAGCUUGGGGGGGUGGGGGAGGCCUUCAUGCAGCAGUAGAUCGAUCACGGCCGACGACGACGACGACCGUGGCGGAGGUACUGAACGGCGGAGGCCGCUUUAUUUCACUUCGCUGCAGUGAACGGGAACGCGCCUGGGUUCGAGGGCGGGACAUGCCUCGCACUACCUCCGCGCCUGCUGCCGACCCACGCAGAAUGCGAUACCGACUUCUAUUAAUAGCCCAUGGGGCCAUUCAGCAGUCGAAUAUCCGAGGGGUAGAUGUAGUCCGUGGAUGCACACAGGCGUGUUAUUCUCAAGAUGGAGCGGCCUUCCUCCUGUGUAAUAUAUCUCGCGAUCCUGUCCCGCCUGGGAUAAUGCAUGCGCCCGCAAAUAAAGCCCCACUCUACCUGCCAACCGCGUGGGAGCAGUUUUUUUUAGCUUUCCGUGUGUUGUUCCUUUUGUCGUCCUCCCAUGUAGUGUUUUCGUGCCGUGCCGCGUGUUGUUCAACGAGAUGCACCCUUAAUUCAUCGCUCCACGAGCCGGGAGUUUGUUCUGGUCCCGUAGCUCGGUUUCUCAAUAAGCUGCCGGCAAGUUGGAGGGAAACGUCGGACAUCGUGCCGAGCAGCACGCGGUUGCGACCCCGAAAACACAUCGGAGGACCGUACAGCAACAAGGGCGACAACCACACACGCGCAGCAGCUGUACAUUUUUUUCAACGUCUGGCCAACCGUGAUCGGGGAAGACUAAAACACCCCUUAGACUUAGACGGUUCUCCAGGCCUCCUAGAGGGAGGCCCUUUCCGCCCGCGGUGACGUCGGCAAGAAAUUGCGGGGCUGCACUGUUUAGCCUAUUUUAGUGGGCGCCACGGUGGAGAGAUGAAAACUACCUCGCCUGGUACACAGGAGGUCUUGGUUCGAUUCAGACCCUGAUGGGAUGUCAACUACCUCGCCUGGUACACAGGAGGUCGUGGUUAGAUUCAGACCCUGAUGGGAUGUCAACUACCUUGCCUGGUAUGCAGGAGGUCGUGGUUAGAUUCAGACCCUGACGCCUGCUGUAUAUUUGGAG